CUGUGCAUAGCACGCUCAGAGCCUGAAGAACAGGCAGGAUCCUAGCCCAGGACUGUGCAGAAACCCUGCGCUCCUCUUUAUCGGAGACCCGAGAGCUGUUUCGAAUGGAGUCAGCAGCAUUCAUCUCGGGAAGAGCUGCCAAGAUCUUUUGUCUGGACGUAGCUUCUGAUUGAAGCGGACGGAUAAUGGAAACACUCCCCUGGCGAUGUCUCUGGGGCGACUCCUCCGACGUGCCUCCUCAAAAGCCUCUGACCUCCUGACCUUAAACGCGAGCAGCGGCAGCAGCGCGUCGUCCGUGCUGGAUGGGGAGAUCAUCUAUUCCAAGAACAAUGUCUGCGUCCACCCUCCCGAGGGGCUGCAAGGCCUUGGGGAGCAUCAUCCAGGCUACUUGUGCCUGUACAUGGAGAAAGACGAGCUCCUUGGCACCACGCUUAUCCUCGCCUGGGUCCCGAACUCUCGGAUUCAGAGACAGGAUGAAGAAGCGCUGCGCUACAUCACUCCGGAAAGCUCCCCCGUGCGUAAGGCUCCCCGCAAGCGUGGCCGCCACACUCAGGGCUUUGGCUCCGUCCGGCAGACCUCUCCCACUGAGCAGAAAGGGGCAGUGAUCCCAAAAGGCGAAGACGUCUUGGUCGUGUCGCAGCUCAUCAGAGAUGUGGCUCACAUCAGUGCGCCUUCUUCCGAAGGGGACAAGCUCUCCCAAGGCUGCCCAACAACAGACAGUAGCCACAAUUCCCCACCGCCUGCCCACAGUGACUCAGGAAUAUUAUCGACAAGCAGUUCUCAGGAUGAGCAGAACAGGUUGGAGCGGUUGGCGGAGGGGACGGAGGAAGGGCUGGACUGCAGGCCAGAGCAGGGGGAAGACGAGGCCUCCUUGGAGCUGUCUGCGGACGACGUGAGCAGGGACAGUACGUUCGACUCCGAUUCUGAUGCUUUCUCUUCCCCAUUUUGCCUCUCUCCCAUCAGCGAAGCCCUGGGGGAAAGCAGUAGCUCUUUGUUUCUCGAUACCGAAAGCAGGGAGACGUGUGACAACCACAUGACCUGCUCCACCAGCUCUGCCUCCAGCCUCGACACCAACGCCCACUUCCAGGACAACAACGGGCAAGCGCAAAAUGCCCGGUGGGACGAGCAGCAGAAGGUGUUUGCCCUCGAGCAGAUCUGCGGGGUCUUUCGUGUGGACCUCGGCCAGAUGAGGUCCCUCCGCCUUUUCUUCAGUGACGAGGCCUGCACCUGUGGACAGCUGGUCGUUGCUAGCAGGGAGAGUCAAUAUAAGAUCUUCCACUUUCACCACGGUGGCCUGGAUAAACUGUCAGAGGUGUUUCAGCAGUGGAAGUACUGCACGGAGACCCACCUCAAGGAUCAGCAGCUGACUGACGAAAGGACCUGCAUGCAGUUCUCCAUCCGCCGCCCCAAGCUGCCAUCCUCAGAGACUCACCCGGAGGAGAACGCGUACAAGCGCCUCGAUGUCUCCGCCUGGCUCCAUCACCUGAACGAGUCCGGGCAGGUGGAGGAGGAGUACAAGCUGCUGAAGGCCAUUUUCUUCGGGGGGAUCGAUGUCUCCAUCCGUGGUGAGGUCUGGCCCUUCCUACUGCGCUAUUACAGCUACGAGUCCACGUCUGAAGAGAGGGAGGCCCUGAGGGUGCAGAAGAGGAGAGAAUACUUUGAGAUUCAGCAGAAGAGGCUGACGAUGACCCCCGAGGAGCACAAGGAGUUCUGGCGCAAUGUGCAGUUCACCGUUGACAAGGACGUGGUGCGGACCGACCGCAGCAACCAGUUCUUCCGUGGGGAGGACAACCCCAAUGUGGAGACCAUGAGGAGAAUUUUGCUGAACUAUGCAGUGUUUAACCCUACCAUUGGCUACUCCCAGGGGAUGUCUGACCUUGUGGCCCCCAUCCUGGCAGAGGUCCUGGAUGAGUCGGACACUUUCUGGUGUUUCGUGGGGUUGAUGCAGAACACUAUUUUCAUCAGCUCCCCCCGGGAUGAGGAUAUGGAGAAGCAGCUGAUGUACCUGCGCGAGCUGCUGCGGCUCAUGCACCCCCGCUUCUACCAGCACCUGGCCGCGCUGGGGGAGGACGGCUUGCAGAUGCUGUUCUGUCACCGCUGGAUCCUCCUCUGCUUCAAGCGCGAGUUCCCAGAGGCGGAGGCCCUGCGCAUGUGGGAGGCUUGCUGGGCUCAUUACCAGACCGACUACUUCCACCUUUUUAUCUGUGUGGCCAUCGUGGUGAUCUAUGGGGACGAUGUCAUUGAGCAGCAGCUGGCCACCGAUCAGAUGCUGCUGCAUUUUGGCAACCUGGCUAUGCACAUGAACGGGGAACUCGUACUCAGGAAGGCGCGGAGUUUGCUGUAUCAGUUCCGCCUGUUACCGCGCAUUCCCUGCAGCCUGCACAACCUGUGCAAGCUUUGUGGGACUGGCAUGUGGGACAGCGGCUACAUCCCGGCCGUGGAGUGCUCUGGACAUCACCCCGAGUCAGAGAGCUGCCCAUACGGGGGCCUGGUGGAACCGCCCUCCCCCAAGCCCGGAAACGAAGGCAAGAGAGGGCUGAAAUCGCGGGACGUCUUUGCUUUCCGGAAAUAGCCCUGGAUGACUGGCACGCGUGGCAGAAGCAGGGGACGUGGUCAGGCAGGAGACAUGUGCAAGGGAAAAGAAAGGGAGAGUUUCUCAAGCCUUCUGAGCUGA